UGCGAUACCAUGACUCUGAGCCACCGAGUGAUAUCGACAGUUUGCCAUAUUUAAUAUCCCUAAGCGUGAGUUCAUGAUGGAAUCCAUCCUCGAGAUGUUCGGAUCAGGACCAAUACCGACUCUUCUUACUAUCCUUAUAACGGUCAUUCCAUCAGCCUCAUCCAUAUGGACCGACCGAACAGCGCGUCAAGCCGCAGCCGCCAAAAAAAAAGCAGCUGAAGCAAGUCGCAUCGCCUCUGAAAAAACAGCACAAGCGCAAGAUGCAAUCUACGAAGAGGCAAUCAGGAACAUGGCCGGAAACGAAUACCGGGAGAUUUGUAUUCCCAGUAAUGGCUUCAACGCCGGGCCGGCAUUCACUAUAUCUUUGGCCGCGUGCAUCCUUGUCGGCAUCAAGCUCACGGAGCGAGUCGGGAAAGAUCUCCAGAUCAUCGGGCUGCGACUGAGCGAAAUCCGCAAUGAGCUGGGCCAGCAAACAACAGCAAUGAUCCAAGGAUGGCAGACCCACGGCUUUGGGGCGUUCAUCUACUGGUUCCUUGACAAUGAGAUUCGAGACGCCGGUGGGGAGGCCUCUGUCGGCUGCCAUGCGUUUUAUGUUUAUAACCCAACAACCAGCGCUAAUGUCGUCUUCAAGAACUUGUUGCGAGAGAAUCCACUUCCGGCAUCGUUUGCAGGAAUCUGUUCCGAUAUCGAGGCGGUGUUUCUCCUAAUGUGGCAAAACCGUCAGACUCUAUUCCAGACGGAUCCCCAGAAAGCGAAAAACAUGCAGUUCCAUUUGCUUGUUCCGGCUAAAAGGUCCUUUGCCAUAUUUGAAAGGAUGGUAAUUGACAAAGGAGUCGGGAAGCUGAUCAUCAAAGGUCAUACAGACGAAGGCACCUGCUAUGCUUGGUUUAAUUUUGUACGUGUGCCACGCCACGUCGUACUGCAAGAUGUUGGAAACCUGGAUACAGAUCAUGCAGACAGGGAGAGGUCGGACCGCAGAUUCAUAUGGAGCUGGUCGACUGGAGUUGGAUUCUGGUUCGCUGGGUUCAUAUCCACAUUUGUUUUCCCUCCGGCUGGACCUUACUGUGCUGCUGGCUUCAUGGGAUCAUGGGCAAGCGCUGCGAAGUAUGGUCCGGUAGAUGACGUGCUACAAUCAUUUCGGUCUGCUCCUCGAGUCCUGGGUCCCCCGGCGAAUGUGACCAACCCUAGUGGGGCGUAAAGCCCUUCGUAGUAGGAAGGCGUGCUCUGCUAUCUCAAUGAUGUUCUGCUUACCAUUUUUAAAAUUGAUUUUCGCUCAUUAGUCACAGCAAGGCUUUAUACAUUGUUCAAUCUCAG